AUGACUUGGGAAUUUCCUGCUAAUGGCGAUAAUGGAAGCCCAUUGAGAGAAUUUCUUAUCGAAUACAAGUCUGAUUUUUACGAUCAAGUUCGAGUAUUUCAAAGAAUUAGUGAUACUGCAGCGCGUUAUGCCAUCCUAAAUUUUUCUCCCUGGGUAAUUUAUCAGCUACGUGUUGUUGCAGUUAAUGGAAUAGGUCGAAAUACCACUAACAGCUUUUUAACUUUUAGCACAAAAGCUAUCACUAAUGUACCUACUGGUAAGGUGGAGAAUCUUUAUAGCAGAAUUCGUGGAUCAGCUCGCAACGCAUUAAACAUUUUCUGGAAGCCAUUAAGUCGAGAAGAUGAAAAUGGGCCUAACAUAGGAUACCAGAUACGUUAUCGCUUAAGUAGUGCAAAUUUGUUCACUAGCUACCGAAGGCUUGGCAACGUUUCGACCACUUUUAUAUCACAGUUGUUACCAAAUGAAUUUUAUGACAUCCAAAUACAAGCUUAUAAUAGAGAUGGAGUUAGUGCAACCAUUGCUACUAUCAAAGCCUGUACCUGUAUAACAGCUCCUUCUCAAGGUCCGACCAAUGUUACUUCUGUGGUUAUCUCCGAUGCAGUAAGAAUAUCAUGGAAUGAAAUUCCUGCGCAUCAUACCGGCGGAAAUUUAAAAGGAUACAAGAUUCGAUUUCGAAGUGAUACUACACCACCUAGAACAUAUAAUGGAGAUGUCGGCCUGGUGACUAAAUAUGAUCUGCGAGGCCUUGCAAUCAAUGUCAGAUAUUUUCUUACGGUUAGAGGCACCAUAUAUACUCCAACAGGAUUACGACCAGUUUCUGUUAAUCAUAAUAAUGCUACAGUUCAAUGGGUCAUUCAAGGAUCACCAGCAUCAUUUAUCUUACAAUAUCGAAGCUCAAGUCAAUCGGCUUGGAGCAAUUCAACUACAAUCAGUGGAUCAAGUCGUGAUGGAAUUUAUACCAACUUGAAAGCAAAAACCCAAUAUGAUCUUCGCGUUGUUGCACAUUACUUUACGUUAGCCAUAAGUCCGAGCUCUUCCAUCGCUAUUUCCACUAGCGAUGCACCGGUUGGUGAGCAAAGACCUUUUUACCAGCAAGUCUGGUUUAUCAUCUUAGUGGCAAUUUCAGGAAUUGUUUUGGUCCUUAUCAUUAUCUGUUCGUUGGUUAUGAAGAGUCGCAAAUCGGAAAGACAUUCAGGUGUUAGCCAUGUCAAUUCACUUAAGGAUAGAGUGCCUCCGCGUCCACCGUCACCAAAAGAUGAAAAUAAUGAGAUAGAAGAUGCUAAACGACCGCCAUUACCUCAGGAAGCGCCAGUAAUUCAUGAGUAUAAAGAGCUUGAACAUAUUGAUGAUGGAAGUAGUCAUGACAGUCUAGAUCAAUAUGGCAGUGAACAUGUCACUGGUUGUUUUGAUGAGGAUGGCUCUUUUAUUGACCAGUAUGGCACAACUCAAAGUAAAUAUAGUGGAAGCCAACAUGUCUUGCAUCGAUCAGCAUCCGUUGGUAGCUCAGCUUUUUCUACCCUUGUUUAA